AUGGCUACCAAGAGUUGUCACAACUGCCGCCGGCGUCGACUUCGGUGCGACCGGUCACUGCCGACUUGUAACAAGUGCAGUACUGCAGGGCAGGAGUGUCUCGGCUAUGAUAAGAUCUACCAAUGGACCAAUGCUGUAGCCUCUCGUGGCCGUUUGGCUGGCAAGGCUUCCUUUGACACUCAUAAUCCAACGACCAAUGGACACCAAAAUACGACCAAGGCUCUCGUGCGAGGAAGCCGGAAUGGCACUCCACCCACCUGCCCUGCAAUCAACGUGGAUGAGAACAUGGUUGCCGGGCUCGUGGAUCCACUAUUCCAACACAUGGACAAGACCGCGAGGUUCUAUCUCAACUACUACUCAAAGCGGAUCUGUCAAGAGUUGAUUGUCCAUGAUUCUCUCAAGCUACAAGGGAACCCCUUUCGGCAGCUCAUUGCAAUGUCCACGUCGUAUCCCUUCUUGCAGGACAUUCUUGUGGCAUCAUCCGCCAUGCAUUAUGCCAACAUCAUGCGGCGAGUGUCUGCCUCCAAAGCCUCCGUGGAUGCCCUCGUCGACGCUCUACGGGCGCGGGCUGAUGCCAUCAAGGGACUGCAAGCAGUACUUCAACGACAAAAAUUCGACGCGAGACACUCGGAUGAAAAGGAGGCCUUGUUGGCCACAGUGCUCUUCUUUAUCAACUUUGCCCUGAUUGACUCGGGGAAGGGUGGCUGGCGAUCUCAUAUGCGAGCGGCGCGGCAGCUGAUUGCGGCUCAGGCGUCCAACUUUGCCUUGAUGCCGAGACAGCUGGAGCCCGAUCCAGAACGAAUGGCCGAUGCGGACGAGGACUCGUCGUCGGCUUUGGUGAUUCCAAACCUGUAUCUCGACACGGCUGCCACGCAGCAGAGUCUACAGUCCCUGCGGUAUACAUGCAACUCGAUCGGUAUACGCGACUACGUGGCCUCGGAUUCGGUUGCCUAUUAUAUAUGGGGCACUACGCUGGACUCGCUCUCAAACUCGGCUACAGGUGUCCGCAGAGCCAGCAUCAUUGACGCCGACGAGAUCCGACAUUUUAUCGACAGGACAGAAGCUAAUAGCUACCACAGCUGUCCGGCGCAGCUACUGCUCUUGAUCCUUCGCAUUUCUCGUCUAGCUCGGCGCGUGAGCACCAACGACAACGCCCUGCCCACAGUCGAAGAGAUGGACACGUUCCUCGAGUUCCUAGCCGAAGCGCAAGCAUUCGAGAUCAAAGUCUGGGCGCAUUGGGUAUGCGCGGCGAACGCCCACGUCCGGGCCGUCGACGAGAUGGAAAUUAAUAUGCGAACUGCCAUCGCCUCGGCGUACCAGGCCGCCGUGGCCCUGUACGUGCUGCUCUCGGCGCCGGGAAUUGAGGAAUAUGUUGGCCAACGCCAGGCCGCUAUGCCGGAGGUGGAUUUAUACCUCCCACCGAUUCCCACCACCAAAGACCUGGCCGCAACGAUACAUUAUCACCUCUCCCUCAUCCCCUCCUGGUACCCACUCUUUCGCUACACAACGUGGCCCGUCUUCAUGAUUGGUGUCGAGGCCGUAACGCCUGAAAGUCGGGCCUGGAUUUUGAAUCGGCUGAGAGUCAUGUGGGAGGAGUGUCCUUGGGGAAUGAUGAAAUCCGCCAUGGAGACCUUGACGGACAUAUGGCAACUGCGGGACGGACUUCACGCCACGGAUGCAACAGACCGGAACUGGCUUAUUCAGCUCAAGAACCUUGGCCAUGACUUUCUAAUUGUGUAA